UUCUGCUUCUGUGUAAUACACUCAGUUUCAUCUCUUAGCUCAAUUAAUAAUAAUAAUUCCGUUCGAUCUUGAGAGGUAAAUUCUCCAAGAUUCUAGUGAGUUUUUGGGCAAUGGGAGGAGAAGACACAUCUGUAUAUUUGAGUUUGAACGAAGGAAAUUCUCCAAGGCUUGAGAAUUUGAGGAAGGUUUCGAUUGUUCCCCUUGUUUUCCUCAUUUUCUAUGAGGUCUCUGGGGGUCCUUUUGGUGUUGAAGACAGUGUUCAGGCAGCUGGUCCACUUUUAGCACUUGUUGGAUUUUUGAUAUUCCCACUUGUAUGGAGCAUUCCAGAGGCCUUGAUUACUGCUGAGAUGGGCACCAUGUUCCCCGAGAAUGGAGGAUAUGUUGUGUGGGUAACGUCGGCUUUGGGCCCCUAUUGGGGGUUUCAGCAAGGAUGGAUGAAGUGGCUAAGCGGUGUUAUUGAUAAUGCACUUUACCCUGUUCUGUUUUUGGACUAUCUGAAGUCGGGUAUCCCAGCGUUAGCUGAUGGUUUGCCUAGGAUAAUUGCGGUUUUGGCUUUGACGAUAGCACUCACUUACUUGAAUUUUAGGGGGUUAACUGUGGUAGGAUGGGUGGCGAUACUGUUAGGGGUGUUCUCGCUCCUUCCGUUCUUGGUUAUGGGAGUUGUGGCAAUUCCUCAACUGGAGCCUUCUAGAUGGCUUGUAGUGGACAUGAACAAUGUGGAUUGGAGUCUUUAUUUGAAUACGCUGUUCUGGAAUUUGAAUUACUGGGACUCGAUUAGCACUCUUGCAGGGGAGGUUGAGAAUCCUGAUAGAACGCUUCCAAAGGCUCUCUUUUAUGCUCUUCUCUUGGUUGUGUCGGGAUACUUCUUUCCACUUCUCAUUGGCACCGGAGCUGUAGCAGUUGACCGUGAUGUUUGGAGCGAUGGAUAUUUCUCGGAUAUAGCCAAGAUAGUUGGAGGAGUUUGGUUGAGAUCAUGGAUUCAAGGGGCUUCUGCCGUGUCAAACAUGGGUAUGUUCUUGGCUGAGAUGAGCAGCGACUCGUUCCAGCUUCUUGGCAUGGCAGAGCGGGGGAUGCUACCCGAAUUUUUUGCCAAGAGGUCUCGCCACGGGACUCCUCUUAUUGGCAUUUUGUUCUCCGCCAUGGGUGUGGUUUUGCUGUCAUGGCUGAGUUUCCAGGAAAUCGUGGCUGCAGAGAACUUCUUAUACUGUUUCGGGAUGAUCAUGGAGUUCAUAGCAUUUGUGAAGUUAAGGAUGAAAUACCCUGCAGCAUCUAGGCCGUACAAGAUACCAUUGGGCACGGGAGGGUCGAUCUUGAUGUGUAUACCUCCGACGUUGUUAAUUCUUGUGGUGUUGGCCCUGGCUUCCCUUAAAGUCAUGGUUAUAAGCCUCUUGGCUGUGCUCAUUGGAAUGGUUUUACAGCCUUGUCUAGUCUAUAUUGAGAAGAAAAGAUGGCUAAGGUUUUCAAUUAGUUGUGAGCUUCCAGAUUUGCACCAUAAUUGACACUGUUGCUGUCAUUGUUUUUGUAGUUGCGCACCCUCUAUUCAAAUUCCUUGUAUAACAUGCGUAUGACUUUGUUUAUGACUAAAUACCCAAUUUUAUUUCUAA